AUGUGUCUUAUUUAUUAAAGAUGAAGGCGCUUCGCCUAUUAUUAGCAUGUUUCCUUUUGGCGUGUGUCCAAUGUUGCUUUGGUCUGCGUCCUCACUUGGAUGAUGUGCAGCCAUCGCUUCUGCAGUGGUCAUUCCGCAAGAAGAGCAAGUCCAAAGGCGGCAGCAAUUCUACUAAAAAAUCUGGUAGUAAAAAGAAGAAGCGUGGUGUAUUUUCUAAAUUACGUGGUAAGGGCAAAAAGGACGAGGACGACGAAGACACCCCCAAGAAGGGCAAGAAGCGCAAGUUUGGUUUGUUCAAGCGUUCAAAAUCUAAGAAACAGAAGCGCGACCAUGAUAAUGAUGACUCUGGCGAUGAGCAUGAGAGGAAAUCAAUGUUCAAGCACUCCGGUAGCAAGGAUCGCAACAAGCACGAGCGUCACCACCAGGAUGUAACCGACGAGUUGGAGGAGCAGAUUGAGCGUGAUCAGCACGAGUAUCCCUCUAUUACCGACACUGUGGUUGGUGGUUUAUCUGAGGUUGGUAAUGACGUCAAGAACAGCUUGAUGAGCAGCAUAUCUAAUGACAUUGACUCUGCCUUGAAGAGUAUACACACUGCCUUGGUAUAGUUUGGGUAUACACACUGGGUAUAAUACUCACGAUCGCCUGGUGUUGUACAUUGCU